AUGGCGGCCGGAGUGGCAGCAUGGAUACCCUUCGCGCGUGCCGCGGCUAUAGGAUGGAUGCCGGUAGCGAGCGCUCCUAUGCCCGCUCCACCACGGGACAAGAGGCGCGCGCAGGACGGUCUGAUCAUCCUAAACGUGAGCGGCAGUAAGUUUCAGACGUGGCGGAACACGUUGGAGCGCUACCCGGACACACUUCUGGGCAGCACGGAGCGCGACUUCUUUUACCACGAGGAGACCAAUGAAUACUUCUUCGACCGCGAUCCGGACAUCUUCCGGCACAUUUUGAAUUUUUACCGCACUGGGAAGCUGCACUACCCGCGCCACGAGUGCAUCUCCGCGUACGAUGAGGAGCUAGCCUUCUUCGGGAUCAUCCCCGAGAUUAUUGGAGACUGUUGCUAUGAAGAGUAUAAAGACCGACGGAGAGAGAACGCCGAGCGGAUUCAAGACGACGAGGACACCGAUAACAACAAAGACCUCGUGCCGCCGGACAUGACGUUCCGCGAAUCCAUGUGGCGCGCGUUUGAGAACCCGCACACCAGCACCAUGGCCUUGGUGUUCUACUAUGUGACAGGUUUCUUCAUCGCUGUGUCGGUCAUGGCCAAUGUGGUGGAGACGGUGCCGUGCGGCACGAUGCCGAACCGCGCCAAGGAAGUAUCCUGCGGUGAACGUUACGCGCUCGCCUUCUUCUGCCUGGACACGGCCUGUGUCAUGAUCUUCACCGUUGAGUACCUGUUGCGCCUGAUCGCCGCACCCAGCAGGUACAAGUUUGUCAAGAGCGUAAUGAGCAUCAUUGACGUGGUGGCUAUCAUGCCUUACUACAUCGGCCUGGUCAUGACGGACAACGAGGACGUGAGCGGCGCCUUCGUCACCCUCAGGGUCUUCCGAGUGUUUCGGAUUUUCAAGUUCUCGCGCCAUUCGGCCGGCCUGCGCAUUUUGGGUUACACGCUGAAGAGCUGCGCCUCUGAGCUGGGAUUCCUCCUGUUCUCCCUCACCAUGGCCAUCAUUAUCUUCGCCACCGUUAUGUUCUACGCGGAGAAAGGCUCCAACUCGAGCAAGUUCACCAGCAUCCCAGCGGCCUUCUGGUACACCAUCGUCACCAUGACCACUCUGGGGUAUGGUGACAUGGUCCCAAAGACAAUCAUGGGCAAGAUUUUUGGCUCCGUCUGCUCCCUCAGUGGCGUGUUAGUGAUCGCUCUGCCCGUGCCCGUCAUCGUGUCUAACUUCAGCCGCAUCUACCAUCAGAGUCAGCGUGCAGAGAAACGCCGUGCCCAAAAGAAAACCAGGCUUGCUAGAAUUCGCGCCACGAAGAGCUGGGGUGCUAACGCUUAUUUGCAGUACAAACGCAAUGGGCUGCUGGUGAACGACGAGGAGGAGGUAACCGCUUCGAAGGAGGCAGGGAAGGCGCUGGUUUGCAAGACUAAUCCUACGUUUGAGAUUCAGCAUCACCACCUCCUACACUGUCUGGAAAAGACUACGAAUCACGAGUUUGUGGAUGAGAAUACAUACGAGACGAGUUGCAUGGAGGUGUCCAUGGUGAAGCCGUCCACCUCACGCUCCUCUUCACUCUCCUCCUCUCCUCAUGGCCUGACCUGUUGCUCCCGCCGCAACAAGCGCAAGAGCUUCAACGUGCCCAACUCCAACAUGGUUGCCAAUCGCCGGGGCAGUGUGCAGGAGCUCAGCACCAUCCAGAUCAGAGAGAGGCCGAUCAUAACUCCAUCCCGUUCCAGUCUGAACGCUAAGUUCGAGGAGACGGUGCUGUUGAACUCGGAGCAGCAUCCCUACAUCACGGCGGCGGUCAUCAGCAUGCCAACUCCGCCCGUCACCACACCAGAGGACGGGGACUCGGCCAGAUCUCCUGACUUCUUGCAGAGCAACAUUGUCCGCGUAUCAGCUCUAUAGACCUACAUUAAGAGCAAUCAGCCCGCUCGUUUAUUUUUUCCCUCUUUCAUUCAGCAAGCGGACGCUGGAGGACAAGGGGAUUUAAGAGAUAGAGAGCAUCCUCUGGUGGAUAGGAGGAGGCACUGCAGAGUCCAGGGCCACAAUCAGAACCCUUUAUUUCAGCCCCUCUUCUUUGCGCUUGGACACGAGAGCCGUCUGGGCUUGUAAUGCUGAGCACUGGGGCUUACCAGUGUUUUACCCGCAGAGAGGGACCAUAAAUAAUGACCAUAAUUUCCAUGCUUGUUACAAUUUUUGAGGUAUUGUGUGUCUUUACAUUUGUCGUCUUAAACUUGGUAGUGCACAGAAUUAGGUGAAGUGGAGGAUGCAACAGAAAUUCGGUGCAUAUUUGGGUAUUUUUCGGGUGUUCAUUAGGUAUUGGGUGUCUUUCUGGGGACCUAGUUUUACUCGAGGCUAUUUACCGUGCUUUUAGAGUGAUCUACUAAAACAGAGCUCCUUUUGAUAUUUGACACUACAAGAAAAAUCAAGGUUUUUAAGGUUGUGCGUGUGAUUGUGUGAUUGUGCGUGUGGGUGCAUUUAAGGCUAACCUUUUUUGCAUGUUCUGCAUUCGUGUGUCUGUGUCCUUUCAAGUUUGUUUGGCAUGAGCAAUAAGGGUUUUUUUUUGUCUGUAUAUUUUAUUUCUGAACACGUCACUUCCUUUUUAAGCAUCUAAAAUGAUCAAAAGUCAAUUCUGUGCACAUGCAGACUGAACGUGACUUUUUCACUCACUGUAAUAAUUUAGCCCUCUCUUAAGACCUGGCCUAAAA